AUGGCAGGGACCAGGAGCCCGAAGGUGUACUCGACAGCAGAUCCCAGGAGUCAGGAGCGAAACCGGGACCAGAACCUGGUCACUGUCUUCCUCGAUAGUGGAGUGAAGGUGAUGGAACGGUUCGAGGAGGCAUUGACGAACGGUACGUAUCGAGCUUGGAAGCUCGGUAUUCGUGCCUGA